AUGGCCCCCUACACCUUCUACGACGGCACCAUCCCCGUCGCCAUCUCCGUCCUCAAAACCCUCUCCCACAUCCUAACCGUCGCCUCCCAGCAACGUCCCACCGAGACAACCACCCUCCUGCACACCCCGCGCCUCCAUGAAACCAUGUACCCCCUCGCCGACCAGGUCCGCAUCGCAACGCAAUGGUCUGAGGACCUCGUCGCGCGCCUCACCGGCCGCGAAGCAACCAAGUUCACCGGCAACCCCGGCGACUUCUCGGAGUGUUUUGAGCGCAUCGACACGGUGUUGAAGGCGCUCGACGAGGCGGAUAAGGAUCGCGUCAAUGAGGAGGGCGAUAGGGAGAAGUUGACUACCUUGGCGCCUGGGUUGGAGGUGCCGAUGAAGGGUGCGACGUGGGCGCAUACGGUCAUCUUGCCGAAUCUUUAUUUUCAUGUUACGACGGCGUUUGGGAUCUUGAGGAAGGAGGGGUUGGAGAUUGGGAAGAGGGAUUUCUAUGCGGGGUUUUUUCCUAUGUGA